AUGAAUCACAAUAUCAAUCAACAACAAUCUCCUGUGAUUGCAUAUCCAGCUAUGGGUGAGAAGAACCACCAAGUUGCUCCACCACCACCUAUAGGCUAUCCCACAAAAGAUGAUCCCCAACAACAAACUGUUCCAGUCAAAACAAUCAGUAGGGGUGAUGGUUUCUGGAAAGGAUGUUGUGCUGGAUUAUGUUGUUGUUGUGCCCUAGAUUGCUGUCUCUGA